GAAAGAAGGAACGCCUCAGGACUGGGCUUUGAAGACAGCACGCUUAGGUAACUAUUUUACAUACCUUAAUCAAAUGGGUAACGCUCGACACCAUCUCUGUGCUGCGUACCACGUGCUCAGGACGUGUCACGACAACUGCAAAUUGAUGCCAGAGGAAUUUGUACUCCAAAAGGCAGAUUUCGAAAUUCACUUUUUAGAAUUGAGUCACCAUUGGGUCAAGUACGGGCUCACACUGUUCAAGCUAUCCAAAAAGAAGAUCUUAAACAAAUAUUUCUCAGAGCCGUCUUGCAGAACUGACUUAUGGAAGACUGUGGAAAUGGCUGAUGAUAAUCAUGACACUAAAAUUCAAGAAGAAAACCUAAAAGACUUAGGAGCUGAAAAAUCAAAAGGAGACGGUACUCCCGAAAAGCUUUUCAGCUUUCCCUCAUUAGAUUUGAUAGAAAUGGAAAGCAAAGUACCUUUAGGUUUGGUAUGUACAGCAGAAGAUGCUAGAAAACUUUUUGCUUUUACACACAAAUGGCUCAUGCGAGCUAAACAUUACUACGACUUUGAACACCAUUCGGCUCAAUACAUAUCGUGUUCUCUACAGCUCGCUGAGUUGUAUGAGCACCUUGCUUUCUUCGAGAGGAACAUAGACAACCAAUACAGCAUACAGAAGCGCCGCGCUGACGUUUUAGAAAACCUGAAUUCUUUGUUAAAGACCUGCGACAACAUGAUGUCGGUUCAGAUAGAUGUCAUCAGAGAACUAUCACAAGUUCAGUUAGAGUUGAUGGCUUUGAACUUGCAGAAGCUUUGGCGGCAGGAGUCACAAACGAACAUAUUCAACCUUGACAACGAUGCAGAUUCGAUCAUAAACUCUUUAGAUUCUGAUUCAACUAAAACGAUUACAGAGAAAACUCUCAAUACAUCAUGCAAGAAUGUGUUUCUGCGUAAGAUGGAAGCUACCACUUCUUUGAAUGAAAAGCUGUAUCGCCUGAGCGGACAUUUGGGACUUAAGACGCCUUCGCAGCUUAGUUUUGGAACUGGAAUACUGAAAAACUGAAAACAACUAGCAAAAUCAAAGGUUUACUCAAUUACUAUGAAAUCCUAAAUAAUAUUAAAUUGAAAAGACACCCAAAUAAAUAAAAAUCAUUGUUGAUGAGAGAGGAUAUUAAACUGAAAUUCUAAUAAAUAUUUU